AUGGCGAGCACCAUGAACCAAAGAAAACUAAGACAAAAAGAGCGUACGUGGAAAGAGAUCGUGAAGAAGGGCAUCUUCGGUUAUGGAACGAUUAUUUCAGCGAGAGCAACGUAUCCUGCAAAUUUAUUCAGACGCCGUUUCCGGAUGAACAAGUCUCUGUUUUUGCAUAUCGUCGGAAAACUUUCCGGUGAAUUUCAUUUCUUCCAACAAAAGAAAGAUGCUUUGGGAAGACCUGGACUCUCUGCUCUACAAAAAUGUACGGCAGCAAUUCGUCUCUUGGCAUACGGUGGUGCUGCUGAUUCUGUAGACGAGUACCUCAGACUCGGUGAAACAACUGCUCGGUCAUGUUUAGAAAAUUUUGUUGAAGCAAUAAUCCAUUUGUUCGGAGAUGAGUACCUACGAAGACCAACACAGGAAGAUCUUCAACGCUUACUUGAUGUUGCAGAUGAACGCGGAUUUUCCGGGAUGAUAGGAAGCAUCGACUGUAUGCAUUGGGAGUGGAAGAACUGUCCAACCGCUUGGAAAGGGCAAUACUCCCGUGGAUCAGGAAAACCAACGAUCGUUUUAGAGGUGGUAGCUUCAUAUGAUCUUUGGAUAUGA